UGGGAAUUUGUAACGCCUCUACUACGUUUCAGCGGGCCAUGAAUAUGGCCUUCGCUGAGUUCGUUAACAAAACCCGACUAACCCAGCCCCUGAUCAAUUUCUGCGUGAUUGUGUACAUGGACGAUAUUUUGGUCUUUUCAAAAACACACGAGUACCACCGGGAGCACAUUGAGUGGGUUUUGCAUGCACUAAAAGAUGCGGGGUUCAAAGUGGCCUUGGAGAAAAGAGAGUUCUUCUUGUCGGAGAUCUCAUUCUUAAGGUACAUCGUCACGGUCGAUGGACUAAAACCGGAUCUGAGGAAGGUGGCAGCAGUUCAAGAAACCCCGGCGCCAGUCACACUCACCCAGGUUCGGGUUUUUCUAGGGCUGGCAUCCUAUUACCGACGCUUCAUCAAGGGGUUCGCCCGUGUAGCGAAGCCCCUAACGAACCUGCUGAAGAAAGAGGAGCAGCUGAUCUGGACGCCGGAAUGCGAAGCGGCGUUUCAAGCGUUGAAGGAGGCUUUGACAUCUGCUCCUGUGUUGACGCGUCCCGACCCGACAAGACCGUUCGCACUGUACACCGAUUGGCAGCCACAGGCGAUAUCGGCGGUGCUGACUCAGCACGGGGCGGACGGAAGGGAACACGUCAUUGAGAAUGUGUCCAAGACGCUGAGCCAUGCGCAAGCUAAUUACGAAGCGUGCAAAGGCGAAUGCCUGGCGGUGGUGUGGGGGAUUCAGCAUUUUCGACCGUAUCUUUACGGCCAGAAAUUCGUGCUGGUAACGGAUCAUCAGCCGCUGCUGUCCCUACGCAACAACACGGACGACAUGGGGAUGCUGGGAAGGUGGGCGGUGCGUCUACAGGACUAUGACUUCGACAUCUGUCACCGUGCCACGCGGCAGCAUGGCAACGCCGAUGGAUUGACGCGCCUCCUGCCGCCCAACGAGUGUCCCGCCAACGAGCGACUCAUUCCGUGGAGGCCAGAAGCCGCGACGACGAAACCGCGCUACGGGGAGCUACACGAGCAUGAACUGCUCGAGCACUUCCAGCCGCCCAUCUCGGACGCUCUUCUCCGGAACCGGUUCAACGAYGAUCGGCAGCUGCGCUUCGACAUUCAGCAAGUGAACGUGUCGGCACCCAGCGUUGCUGACUUGGCGGUGUACUCGCUCCUCGCGCAGCUUAUGACGUACGCAGGGGUCUAUGUGGACAUAUCGCCCGUGCCUGGUCAGGAAUCCACGCGAGUGUUCAUCGAGUUCCGAGCCAUCCAGGUGGCUACGAACUUUGUGCACAGCAUCGCUACUUUCACCGGGGAUUUAACCGUCUUGCCCGGGCACGAUCAGGAGCCGACGUACAGGUUCUUGCACGACUACGCCCUCCAGGUGGCUAGAUCGGUGGCGCGGGUGCAGGCGAGGGGCACCCAUCGCUUCACCACAUACGAAGGACUUCUGCGGCGGACUCCGGAGGAAGCACUUGCAUUGGUGCCGCAGCUUCCCUCGCUCCUUCCUCCCGCCGAGCCCCUCAACAUUCAAGCUCUCCCCUAUCCUAUGCGCAACUUCCCCGAGUACCUGGUGGAGCUGACGGAUGUUGAGCAGUUGCCGCCCGCUGACGAGGACGCGUGGGAGCUGCAUCGGGCGCUGUAUUUGUCGGUGGUGCUGGGCAUGUUUACAUUCUUCGUGGAGCAUGAAGUUCAUAACGUCGGCGAGUUCCUCUACGUAUACUACAUAAUCGCCAAGCCGAAGCCGGAGCGGAAGGAGGGAAUGGUGGCGCUUUACCCUUUCGGGAGGAUCAGAACGAAUCGCCCGGGGCUCUUACAGCUCAUUCACAUCGAGCUGUUGUCCAUUGCGCAGGUUAUCGCCGCAGAAGAAGAAGACUUGCAGCUAAGACUGCGGACCGCCUCAGCCCCGUGCAGAGCAUAUAACGCGGCGGUGAUACCUGACUACUUGGCGCGUGAGGGGGAGUCCGUGGUGGACUUCGGGCACGAAGACAAGCCGCUGCGGCCUCCAUCAUCGUAUCCAAAGCCGGCGGCCCUGAAGGCACUGAAAAAGAGAACCGUCCCGAAGCGGCGACGAAGUCCAUCGCCGGAAGCUCAGGCCAGUCGGGUGGGGCCUGUCGAGGAGGUUGUCCAGCCUGCGCCGGUGGGCCAUCAGGCGGAGGGGGGGGAUUGGGACGAGUUCCAUAUCCUGCAUCCAGACCCCCCCUCCUUGCAGGACCGUUCCGAUUUCGCCAGCCCGCGCGAGAUACCCCGGUCAUUGAUAUUAGCAGUUCCCCCGAGCCGGACGGUCCAUCAAACCGGCGUGGAUCACAUGGUGGAACUGGCCACCAUCCGGCUUGAGGCCAUCGAGGGGGCGCCGCGCCCUGAUCCGGCAUGGGAGGCGUUCUUGCAGCCUCCAUUCGAAGGAUGUAUAGCGGCGAGGUUGGCGGGCACGCUCAUCUACGAGACCGGCGGCCGGCCCAACAUUAUGUACCAUAUCCUGGUCUUCGCGGUGGUUAAGCGGGAGCGGAAGCCGUACACGGAGACCCAUCUGGUGCUGACGGGUCCGAGAAAUCGGCCGCUGCGACGACGAAUCAUUCGGGCGAUCGUCGGUCUCGCGCCACGGGUCCUCUCGCAUGUGCCGGGAGCUUUCCUUUACCCCUCCUUUGUCCGUUACCACUUCAAUGAAGUGGAAUUGCCAGCCAACUUGGCCGCGCUCGCGGCGUUCCUCCCUCCUCUUCCUCCCCCUCUCAAUCCGGAGAUUGAUUACUUCCUAUGAUCAUCGCCACCACCACCUCUUUCUUUUUCUUCUUCUUUUCCGGAUUCAAAGCUCGCGCG